AUGCCCAACCGAACCACCGUGACCGUCUUCCUCCUGGUUGGGUUCUCCGAUGUGUGGGAGCUGCAGAUUUUGCACUUUGUGGUGUUUCUAGUGAUUUACCUGGCUGCUCUGGUGGGGAACCUUCUCAUCAUCUCAGCCAUAGCUCUUGACCGCCAUCUACACACCCCCAUGUACUUCUUUUUGGUGAAUCUGGCCAUCCUAGACCUUGGCUCACUCUCUGUCACCAUCCCCAAAUCCAUGGCCAACUCACUCAUGCACACCAGGUCAAUUUCUUUUCCUGCCUGUGUCACCCAAGUCUUUCUCUUUUUUGUCUUUGCUACGACUGAUUUUGCCUUGCUCACUGUCAUGGCGUACGACCGAUAUGUCGCCAUCUGCAACCCGCUGCACUACGAGAGAGUGAUGAACAGGGGAGCUUGUGUCUACAUGGCCACCAGCGCCUGGAUUUCUGGCUUUGUGUACUCUGCCCUGCACACCGGGAACACCUUCCGGUUACCCUUCUGCCAGUCCAAUGUCAUCAACCAGUUCUUUUGUGAAAUCCCCCAGCUCCUAAAGUUGGCCUGCUCCGACUCCAACCUCAUUGAAGUUGGUCUUUUUGCCAUUGGUGCAAUUUUGGCUUCAAGCUGUUUUAUUUUCAUCAUUGUGUCAUACGUUCAGAUCUUCAAAGCGGUGCUGAGAAUCCCCUCAAAGCUUGGCCGUCAUAAAGCCUUCUCCACCUGCCUCCCUCACCUCAUUGUGGUCUCUCUGUUAAUUUGCACUAGCUUCUUUGAGUAUCUGAAGCCCACCUCCGGCUCAAGAUCAGGUCUAGACCUCACAGUAUCUGUUCUCUAUUCCUUGGUGCCUCCCAUGAUGAAUCCGGUCAUCUACAGCAUGAGGAACAAGGAGCUCAAAGCGGCACUGAAGAAACUGACUGUGGGGAGGUUAGUCUCCAGGACCUAG